UGUCAUUCACUUUAACUUCUUCAAAUCAUCAUUUGGAUCUUCAAUAGUGGACUCGGUGUUAUCGCGCCUUCCUCUCACAUCAUCGUGCUUGCCUUCACGGCGCCCCGCCAAUCAUGUAUUUUCCUCUAAGCUAUUCCUUUCACUCACUACUGCUGCGCUUUGGCCUUUUGCUCGCUCCGCCUUAGCUGCGCUCUCACUUUCACCGCACUAUACCCUGAUCUAUAUCAACCUUGCCAGUGGCCUUCAGUUUCGCUUCUUAUUCCACACCUCAACUGAAGCCACAACCCCAAUAUCACGCUCGCCAAGACCCUCCCAUUUCCAAAAUAACCCAAGAUUGUGUCCACUACCUGGUAAAAAUACACAAUGAAGUGUUUCUUCGUCUUCAUCACGCUGUUGAUAGCUUUUGCCGUCGCAAGUGCCCCCGAAGACGCCGCAGCUACCUUGGACUUAGAAGUAACAGAAUCAUUUCUCACCUCCCUGAUCAGCAAUGAUGUACCUCUCUCGAAUUCAUCUAAUCCUCAAAUCGGGGGGACUUCUUUGGAGGACUCACUCAAGCCCCUCCCUAACCUCGACGGCUACUACCGAUUUGACGUCCGCAUCGGCAAAGACUCCACGCACAUAGGCACACUUCGGAAAGGCCGCAUGUUCAAGCGCAUGUACUCUGCGUUAAAAACCUGCGGCAUCGCUUACAAAGACUCCUCGAUCCCCGGUUUCUGCAGCGAUGACCGCCCAGAAUGUCCCGACCAUUGCCGUAUCGAGCAAAUCGUAUACUCCAAAGACGGUCACUGGGCAUCAGACUCGCACAUCGCACUCAGGAUCAAUUUCUCAUACUUUGACAUUAAGCAUCACCCCAAGAUCCAGGAUCUCGGGUUCCGCAUCGUCGCCCGCAUCUUCGAGCUCAUGACUAUGCAGGGUAAUAACUGCCUUUUCCACGACUUCCCGUGGACGCGACGGACAUUGUUGUGCAGUGUAGCCGACAAGGUGGAGCUCGCUUUCCCCAUCAACGGCGGUCUUAUCCAAGGCAUCCUCGAUGUGGAACUCACAUGGAGCAAGAAGACGGGAAAAGACACUUUCAAGUGUCAGGGCAAUACUGAGGGUGACGUUGAUGCUAUGAUGUGGACGGACUUCCGCGACCCACUUUCCAACGCCAUGGCCUGGCCCGCGAAGCAGAUUCUCCCGUUUGUCUUCUGUGCGGAAGACAAUUGCUUCAAGCAGGAUCUCAAGAUCGGCGAGCCGUGGCAUGAGGGCAAAGGCUGCAAGACUAUAGACUGGCCGGUUGGGUGUGAUCCUGGUCUUACGGGGCCAUCUAGUAACCCUAAGCUGAAUUGCCCGCCACCAAGGCGCUAGUGAAAGAGAUUCUUGAUCGUAUACCGGAAUCUCAGCGCUUUCGCCAAGAGAGAACAAUGGGGCAGAAU